AUGUCCGACGGAGCCAGCUACAAGGAACAGCUCUUGGAAAGCGCCCGGCGCAACAACACCGAGCUCUUCCAGCAGAUCGCCGCCGGCGUCGGCCCGGACCACGCGCCCUUGGCGCGCUUGAUCAACGGCGCGCUCGAGGUCGUUUCCGGCAACUCCGCGGUGCACAUAGCCACGGCCAACGGCAACUGGGACGUGCUCGAUAUGAUGCUCGACGUCGAGGGCGUGGAGAUCGACCCCCGCAACCGCGACGGCGACACGCCGUUGCACUUGGCCGUCCGGCUCGCGGCCGCCGACGCGCCGUUCGGCUAUUUUCUCGCCGACAACUUGAUUGACGCCGGCAGCGACGUGACCAUCCGCGACCGCCACGGCCAGCGGCCCGUGGACCUCGUGGUGGGCGACGCCCGGCUCCGCGCGCUCUUGGAGAGCGCCGAGUACGCCGGCCGCGCGGCGCCGGCGCUGGAAACGGGCGGAAGAGGCGAGAACAGCGCCGAAAACGAAGACCUCAGCGACAGAUCGGACGGGUCCGGCCUGGCCUCGGACCUGGAGUAG